CGGUUGGACGCGUAUUUUGUUCAUUGUUUACACUAAAUGAUUGGAACGUGAACUUUACGCAAUUACAAUUGUUUUAAGGAGAUGUGUUAUAGUGCAAAGAGCUUGAUAUAAAGUGAAAGGAAAUUUAUUUAUAGCAGCGGAAUUUAUAUUGAAUUCGACGAAAUGAAGCAAGACGAAAGAAAGGGCGGGACAAUAGUCCUUGAAAAUUUCAAUUCCACGGCCAACCUCGCGUCCAACCCAGGUUUCCAGUCCACAUUAAGUCUAGGAUCGAAAGAAGUCAUCAAUGAGAAGCCAUACAAUCCAUUCGAACAUAGAAAUGUACAGCAUCCUAAUUCAACUAUUGGAUCCUUGGUGCAUCUCCUAAAGUCGUCCCUCGGGUCUGGCAUCCUGGCGAUGCCUGCUGCCUUCAAGAACGCCGGCCUGGCUGCCGGCGCUUUGGGCACUAUCAUUGUUGGAUUCAUUUGUACACAUUGUGUUUAUGUAUUGGUAAGGACAUCACAAGAACUAUGCGUUGAUGCAAAGAAGCCAUCUAUGGGAUUCGCAGAGACAUGCGGCGCGGCGUUUGAAUAUGGACCUAAGAGACUUCGACCGUGGGCUAAUUUUGCAAGAACUUUUGUGGAUUAUGCAUUAACCUGUACUUAUUUGGCUGCGCUCUGCGUUUACGUGGUCUUCAUUGCAGAAAACUUCAAAGAGGUCCUAGAUGAGUAUGUACCGGACUAUAAACUCUCUGUUGAGACAUAUUGCGCUCUAACUCUAGUGCCAUUGGUGCUGAUUUGCCAAAUUCGGAACCUCAAAUGGUUGGUCCCGUUCUCUGCCAUUGCCAACAUAUUCCUCGUCAUCUGCUUCGCAAUCACCAUGUACUACAUCUUCAAUGGACUACCAAAUCCAGCUGAGAGGGAAAUGGUCGCCAGUGUUACGCAAUGGCCUUUGUUUAUAAGCACGGUUAUAUUUGCAAUGGAAGGCAUUGGAGUCGUGAUGCCGGUCGAGAAUGAAAUGGCGAAACCUGAACAGUUCUUGGGAUGUCCCGGUGUUCUCAACGUGGCCAUGACUGUUGUGAUAUCUCUGUAUGGGAUCGUGGGCUUCUUUGGUUACAUCAAGUAUGGAGAUGAUGUGAGAGGCAGCGUCACUUUAAAUCUACCGCAAGAUGAAAUUCUUGCACAAAGUGCGAAGAUACUAAUGGCUCUAGCGAUCCUGUUCACAUACAGUCUACAGUUCUAUGUCCCUAUGGAGAUGAUAUGGCGGCAGAUACACGAACGUGUCUCUGUGCGUUAUGAGAACAUCACGCAGAUCACUAUACGUACCGUCGCUGUUGUUGGCUCAGUGGCUUUGGCUGCCGCCUUCCCUGACUUGGAGCUCUUCAUCAGUCUCUGCGGAGCGAUCUUCCUCUCCAGUCUCGGUCUACUAACGCCUGCCAUUGUUGACACCGUCCACAACUGGGACCGAGGUCUGGGCACCUUUAACUGGAUCCUCUGGAAGAACCUAUUCAUCUCCUUGAUAUCCCUGAUCGCUUUGUUCGCUGGUUCCUACGUAUCUAUCCAAGGCAUGGUCCACAAGUUCAGUGCAACCAACAGCACCUUAGAGAUGAUACAACCUAAUAGUACAAUUAAUGCAAUUAAUGGUACAUUAGUUUUAUGAGCUGUGAUUACUGAAUUUAACUCAUAAAAUUAAAAUAAAACGCCUCGUAUGGUUGUGCGUAUUUCUUCUGAUACAUUAUCGUCGUAGGCUCUUUUACUUACCUAAUUAGAUUAUUUUAAUAAUUAAUUAAGUAAAUCGACCUUUAUAUUUGUAAAUUUUACUUACAUAAGUGCGAUAAUAAAACUCACGAUGAAUUUGUAUUAAAAAACUUAAAAGUGUUAAAAUUUAUCGUAAGUUUAUUACGUAAGUUAAUCUUACAGAUGUAAAGUGUAUAUUAUAAAUAUUGACCGCUAACAGUGAUUGGUGUUUUUUUAUUAAAUUUAUAUUUUAUAUUAUACAUUUAAUUCACAAACAUCGAUUAAAUCUAUACAUAUAAGAAUCGAUCAAAUGCAUUGUAUCGAUUUAAAACUGUUCUGCGGUUGUGACUUCGUGAUAGAAUGAUUGUAUGAAUGUUAGACAUUACGUUAAUAAAAAAAUAUACUUUAUAAAUCACAUCACUAAAUCGUAAAGAUGUAUUUAAAGUUUAAAUAGUGUUUUUGAAUAUUUAAUAUUUGUAUAUAUUGACGAUUGACAUGUAUUUAUUAAAAUUUUCUAUUUUUCUAAUUAUUAAUCAUGACAAUCGUGAAACGAUAAAUUUACAUAUUAUAUUUAUCAUUCCCCGUUAUGUUUCCAUUCAAAAUCGAUAGAUUUUAUUCUGAAGCGUGCCAUGACUAUAACCUAUGAAACUGUAAGAUUUUAUCGAUAGAACAAGCAAGGAAUAUAACAUUAUAAUGGAAUUAGAGACAGAUAACAUGGUAAAAAACUUACAAUAAUAAUUUCAUCGAGAUAUUACAAAUAAAUAAUUUAACCUAAUGCAACAUAUCUGAUAUAGAUACAUAUAUUAAUGAAUGAUAAAUGAAUGGAAUGCGCUAACGGUUUACGCUGGCACCAGUGAAGGAUGAUAAUAGAAGUAUUUUCAAAGGUCAGUUAGCACAUUAUAACGAAUGAGAAAUUAAACACAAUAGUUUCCAGAGGGACAAAUUGCUAACAAUCUCCUUGCGCCCCAACUACAUAUAUCAAUACUAUAAUAUCUGUUUUAGUACAAUAUUCAAAAUGUAUUUAGUAUUGCCAAUUAAUGGUGUGCUUGUUUAGUAUGAAGGAUGUUGUAAACAUAAACUUCAACGAUUUAGCCAGUUGCCCAACUAUUAUGAGAAUGAACUUUACAGGCUUUAGUUAUUACAAAGUGUAGUUUAUUACAAAUUGAUGAUAAUAAGUAUUCUUAACCUAUUUUUUUAUUUUAUUAAGAAUAAGAAGAUGUAAUGUCAUUUAAUUUACGGUAAUUUACUAGGUUAAGGUAGUCCAAGAGACUGUAAACUAGAAUAUUAUUUUUAAUCGUACGAAAACUGAUAGUAGUAUAUGAAAUUUUAAAAAAAUGUAUUUUAAGAAAAAAUCUGUAUAUACAAAUGUAACUAAAAGAAAAAGAUAAGCUGUAAGCAUUGCCAUGACGAUUCCAAUUAAUCUGAUGUUUUAUCAAUUUAUGAAUAUAAAAUAGUUACCAUAGUAUAUAAAAUUUGAGAAAAUAAGGUUUUAUUUAAAUCGAAUUUAUGUUUCAUGGUUUCAACCUUAGCUAUUUUGUUUUGCUACUUUAAAUAACUACUAAUAAUAAUGUUAACAGUUAAGUAAGUUUAUUAUAUAUUUAAUUUGUUAAGGAUCAACACGUAACACUACAUAUAUGAUGACUGCGUACAAACAAGC